CCCCGAGUUGAAGGCUUCUCUCGGCCACACGGAGGCGGCAUCUGCCUGUCUGUCUGUCUGACUGUCUGUCGCCUGCCUGCCAGCUGAGAGGUUUCCCGGGCAGCCAUGGCCGCAGCGGGCAGGGAGAGGGUCGCUCACUUGCUGAGGCAGCUGCAGCGCGCGGCAUGCCAGUGUCCAACGCAUUCUCACACUUAUUCCCAAGCUCCUGGACUCCCUGCUUCUGAGAAAACAACAGAUUAUGCAUUUGAGAUGGCAGUUUCAAAUAUUAGAUAUGGGGCAGGAGUGACCAAAGAAGUGGGCAUGGACCUUCAAAAUAUGGGUGCUAAAAAUGUCUGUUUGAUGACAGACAAGAACCUUUCCCAGCUGCCUCCAGUAGAAGUAGUCAUGAAUUCCUUAAUAAAGAAUGGCAUAAACUUUAAAGUUUACGAUAAUGUCAGGGUGGAACCAACUGAUAAAAGCUUCAUGGAAGCUAUUGAAUUUGCCAAAAGAGGAGCAUUCGAUGCCUAUGUUGCUGUGGGUGGUGGCUCCACCAUAGACACUUGUAAAGCUGCCAACCUGUACGCAUCCAGCCCUGAUGGUGAUUUCUUAGACUAUGUCAAUGCUCCCAUUGGAAAAGGGAAGCCUGUCACUGUGACUCUUAAGCCACUGAUUGCAGUCCCAACUACGGCUGGAACUGGGAGUGAAACUACAGGGGUUGCCAUUUUUGACUAUGAGCACUUAAAAGUAAAAACGGGUAUUGCCUCCAGAGCUAUCAAACCGACCCUUGGAAUAAUUGAUCCUUUGCACACACUUCACAUGCCCCCACGGGUGGUAGCUAACAGUGGUUUUGAUGUACUUUGCCAUGCAUUGGAAUCAUACACAGCCCUUCCUUAUAACAUGAGAAGCCCUUGCCCUUCAAAUCCAAUCAAUCGACCAGCUUACCAGGGCAGCAACCCUAUAAGUGAUGUCUGGGCCAUACAUGCACUUCAAAUUGUCGCCAAGUAUCUGAAGAGAGCUGUCAAAAAUCCUGAUGACCUUGAGGCAAGGUCAGGCAUGCACUUGGCAAGUGCUUUUGCUGGUAUUGGCUUUGGAAAUGCUGGUGUUCAUCUCUGCCACGGGAUGUCUUACCCAAUUUCUGGUUUGGUGAAGACAUAUAAAGCAAAGGAUUAUAAUGUGGAUCAUUCUUUGGUGCCACAUGGCCUUUCUGUGGUACUCACAUCCCCAGCGGUAUUUACUUUCACAGCACAAAUGUUUCCUGAGCGGCACUUAGAGACUGCAAAGAUUUUGGGAGCCGACAUCCGCACUGCCAAAAUCAAAGAUGCCGGGCUUAUUUUGGCUGACACGCUCCGGAAAUUUUUAUUUGAUCUGAAUGUUGAUGAUGGCUUAGCCGCCAUUGGUUAUUCUAAAGCUGAUAUCCCCGCGCUAGUCAAAGGAACGUUACCUCAGGAAAGAGUAACUAAACUUGCACCACGCUCUCAGUCAGAAGAAGAAUUGUCUGCUCUGUUUGAGGCUUCAAUGAAACUGUACUAAUUUAAAUUUGAACACUAAGAAUUACCAUCAGCUGUUCCAGUUCAGAAGACAGAAAGCUGCCCCAACAAGAUCUUGAACUCUUCUCACCUACAAAUCAUCUCCUUGCUGCUAGCACACCUAGUAAUAAAGUCUUCAGUGGAUAGAUCUUUGAGGAAGAUUCAUUGAAUUUGCCUCCGAACCUUGGGUCAGGCUACCUCCACAAAGCAGGCUAAGAAAACUCCCACAAAGCCUUUUCUUCCUCCUCCAUGCUAGCCCACUGGAAUAACCCACUCCUGUCUCCACCAACACACCAAAAAGUAUGUUCCAGAUGACAUGGGGAGAAAUUGGGGAUUUUUAAAAUUUGGGAUUCAUGAGUUUUAAGUUGUUCAAUUUUUCUUUGAAGCUUGGCAUAGGAUUUUUUUCUCUUUUGAGGAAGCAAUUACAUAAAACAGGAGCCAUUUAAGCAAGAAGAGGCAAAAGAGUCUCUUUCCUCACCCCUUCCCCUUUCUCUUCUUUCUUCCUUUAUCUCUUCCCUCUUCCUUUGUCUCUUCCCCUUUCCCCUCUUUCUUCCCUCUUCCCUUCUUUUUUCCUUCUUUCCUGCAUUUCAUAAUCCUGCCAGUCUUUUGUUUUCCCUUUCUCCCAUAACUUUUGUCACCUCCAGUCUGAACCAGGUACAAACCUUUGUGGUUGUCACUUUAAGAAAACAAGCUGAGUGGCUCAUCUGGUGAAAUCCACCAGAUUUUAUCUCCAAUUUUUUAAAAGUCUGAAAUAUUCAUUAUUUUUCUGGAGCCAUCUAAUAAGCUGAGAGAACACUAGAAUAUGGAAAAGGGGGAGGACCCCAAGAAGUUAUACUUUUAUGUCUGGCACAUUUUGCUUCAGGAAAGGGUCCAGGAGCACUAAAAUUGAACAGGAUCAAAUAAAACCAAAAGAAAGCAAUA